AUGAUCACAUCCGUAACCGCUUUAUAGAGAUUCGUUGAUACACUGUAAAAUUUGUUAGGGUUUGAAAAUGGGGCCGGAAUCGCGAUCGACGCCGAUAUCAGCAUCGUCGCCGGCGUCGUCUUCUUCGCCGAGCGGGAAACGAACAAGAGAUCCGGAAGACGACGAGGUCUAUCUCGACAACCUCCGCUCCCAGAAACGUUAUCUCAGCGAGAUAAUGGCUUGCAGUUUAAACGGACUAACCGUCGGAGACUCGCUUCCUGUCAACAUGUUAGACUCUCCUUCUCGCUCUGACACCCUUCUUUCUCCCAACAAUCACAUUCACAGGGAUGACUUGUCAUUACAGUACUCUCCCAUGUCUGAAGACUCCGACGAAGCUAGGUUCUGCGAGGACCCAAUAACAAGCACGAGCUCAUCGCAGCAACCCGAGAGCCGCCCUACUAGUCCUGUUUCACCUUACCGAUACCAUAGACCUCUUACUUCAACAACCUCACACCAUUUGUCAAAUUCACAUUCAUGCCCUGCCUCCAUGAGCACCAAUGCUACUACUCCACAGUCUCGUCCAAGAGGAUCAGACACGGAAGGAAGGUUUCCAUCGUCGCCUAGCGACAUCUGCCAUUCCAGUGACUUGAGAAGGACCGCUCUACUCAGGUCUGUUCAAAUGAGAACACAGCCUUGUGGUAUUGCUUCAACUUCUGGGACAAGCAAUGUUGACGGUGGUGAAGAGAAGUUGUGCUUUAAGUCUAUGGAAGAAGAUAAUAGAGGGGAAGAUGUCUCUUAUACUCAAGUCUCCGGCGGUAAGAGCAAGUCUUGUAAAGCAUUGGACAUGAGACUAUGUGAACGAUGAUUUAAAGACACUAUUCUCUAUCUUAAAAUACGGUUUCUUCUUCGACAUUUCCACAUUAUAUAUAUAUGUUUUGGAUUGCAAUGAAGAACAAUCCACCAUUAAAGCUCUCAUAUCUCUAUCAAUGCAUUUUGUUGUGAUUCCUU